AGGUGGAGGUAGUAUGAAUCAAGUUCUUGUGCUUCCUUGUGGAGUUCUUGGUGGAAGAUGUGAAUCAAUGCACGGCAGGCCUGUACACGCUACGCUGGCAUACUUCGUGUUCGGAGAAGUUUGAAAAUAUGGUGAUGAGAAUCGUUUCUCGCGUCCGACCACCAACGGGUUACCUCUGCCGUUCCCUUAAUCCCCCUCCCCUCUUCCCCAUACGUGCUCCGAUUCCUGUAAAUUCGCCUUCGCCUUUUGGCGCACUGUUCUCGUCUUUCCGGAAGCGGAAGGGAAGCGACGAGGAGCGUGAAGAGGGGAAAGAGAAGGACGUUGCCGUUCCUGGCGUCUUCCUUUUCGCGAACGAUCUACAGAGCCCGCCGAGGCUGUUUGUGGUCCAGCCCCGCGUCCGCCCUGAAUCCAUCCUUGAUUUGAAGCUCUCUGAGGCGCUUAACCUUGCUAAGUCGCUCGAGGAGCCGCGCGGCGGAUUCGUUCAGGCGGAUUUUACCGCCAAGCAGAUCUCUUCCCACCUUGUUGUGCAGAACCCCAUCGCCAGGUCCUCCAAGUCUCAUGCCGAUACUUAUUUUGGACCGGGAACUGUGGACAAUAUCAAAACCCAUCUGAAGGCAUUGGAAUCAGAGGAUCACAUAGAUGCUGUUUUCGUGAAUGCAACUCUUUCUGGAAUCCAACAGCGCAAUUUGGAGAUUUCUUGGGGAAAGCCGGUUUUGGAUCGUGUUGGCCUUAUUAUAGAGAUCUUCAAUUCCCAUGCUGAGACCAAAGAGGCAAAAUUGCAGUCUGAACUAGCUGCUCUCAUGUACAAGCGGAGUCGUCUUGUUCGAGUGCGUGGUUCACAUGGACGCCUUACUUUUGGAAUAAGUGGUGAAGCUGAGGUUGUUAGUGCGCGAGGGAGAGGAAGUGGAGGGCGUGGUUUUAUUAGUGGUGCUGGAGAAACUGAGCUACAGCUCCAACGGAGGAGAAUACAAGAAAGGAGAAACCAACUGCUAACUGAAAUUGACGAGGUAAGGAGGACUAGGGCUUUACAGCGCUCUGCUCGCAAAAGACGUGGUGGUUUAGAUGGCCAUAGUUUGACAACUGUUGCUGUUGUUGGUUAUACAAAUGCAGGAAAAUCUACGUUAGUUAGCGCUCUUUCUAACAGUCAUAUAUACAGCGAUGAUAGAUUGUUCGCAACUGUGGAUCCUCGUCUAAGAAGUGUGUUCCUUCCAUCUGGGAGAAAAACUCUUCUCAGUGAUACUGUUGGUUUUAUUUCGGAUUUGCCUGUACAGUUGGUAGAAGCUUUUCAUGCUACCCUUGAAGAAGUGGUGGAGGCAGACCUUCUAUUGCAUGUGCUAGAUUCCAGUGCUCCCAAUGUUGACGAGCAACGUUCAAGCGUGCUGGAAGUCCUGCAGAAAAUUGGCGUAUCAGAAGAAAAGAUUCAAAACAUGAUUGAAGUUUGGAAUAAAAUUGAUCUUCUUAAUAAGAAUCUCGGAACUACUCAAGAUGAAGCCCGGGGUGAAGCUGAAGAAGAAAGGAAUGGGGACCGAUCAGAAGAUCUGAAGGAAGAAAAUGAAGCACAGCUAAAAGAAGAUGGGAUCUUACCAAAAUUUUCAGAGGGCAUGAGAUCUAACCAAAUGGCUUGUUCAGAUUUAGAUGAAUCCAAUUUAUCGUUCGAUUUAUCGCCUGAUGACGAUCUAGACGUCGUCGACGGCCAAAUAAGUCGUUACACUGAUGUUCAGAAGAUGAAAUUUAAUGCGCACUGUGAGCAAGAAGUUGCCAGCCGCAUAGAAACUUCUGCCAUUACAGGAGUUGGUUUGAAGGAACUCUUAUCUCUUAUCAGUGAGAAACUAAGCGCACAAAAGCUAAUUGAGAAAAAGAGUUACGAGCCCUUCAACCGAAAAUGGAGGCCAUCUCAUAACUUGGAAUUCAAUAGAGCCGUUGAACAGUAGAAAUUGUUCUUGUUUCCUUGCCAUCUUCUGAGAGGGGUGAUGCAUAAAGGAUGAAAAGGUCUUGGAAAAAACAUUCGUGGAUUGAUUUUAUAUUCUUCAAACUGAACUGUGAGAGUUGUUGAAAAGAAGGAGAAAACAAAAUAGAAAGUUGGUUGGGUUAGUCCUUUUGUAGCUUGCGUCUCCUCUCUACCAAAAUUGUUGACUUUAUCUUGUGCAUUUGAAGAACUCUUGAUGGAACUGGAACUAUACCUUAAAUGUACAUCAUUCAGGAUUAAAUAAAUAAAUUCCAGUUGUAUGGUGAUUUUAAAUGUGGAAGUUCCCUAUUUCUAAUG